CGAGACUUCCGCCCUAGCUCGCGGCAAUCAAAACAUGGUGGACGGCAUCAAUUAGCCAAAAGCGUUUAUGUCAGUGUGAUCUAAAAGGGUAUCACACAGAUUAGUUUGAUACAGGAAACGGCAUUUAUAGUUGACAAUUCACCCGAUUGGAAAGUAAGAGAGGGGAAAGGCGCACUGCCCACAGUUUUCACGUGGAUAAAGGGUGAAGGACACGCGCCAUCACCAUGGGGCGACGUUCGACCUCCUCCACCAAGAGUGGGAAGUUCAUGAACCCCACCGACCAGGCCAGGAAGGAGGCCAGGAAACGGGAGCUGAAGAAGAACAAGAAGCAGAGGAUGAUGGUGAGAACAGCUGUACUGAAGAUGAAGGACCCCAGACAGAUCAUCAAAGACAUGGAGAAGCUGGAUGAAAUGGAGUUCAACCCUGUGCAGCAGCCACUGCUGAAUGAGAAGGUGCUGAGGGACAAGAGGAAGAAGCUACGGGAGACGUUUGAGCGCAUCGUACGUUUGUACGAAAGAGAGAACCCAGACACUUACAAGGAGCUACGCAAACUGGAGCUGGACUAUGAGAGCAAUCGCGGCAAGCUGUCACUCUACUUCGACUCAGUCAAGAAUGCUGAACUGGUGGAGGUGGAUAGCAUCCCACUCCCAGAGAUGCCCCACGCACCCUCCAGCAUCCUGAUCCAGGACAUCCCCCUGCCUGGGGCUCAGCCUCCCUCCAUCCUGAAGAAGGGCUCCUCGUUUAGUAAGGGGAUCAGUGCCUCCAUGUCUGCAGCGGUGGCAGGUGUCCCUCGGUUACCCCCUGGUAGGAAACCCCCGGGUCCCCCACCUGGCCCCCCACCGUCUCAGGUCCUGGCACUGUACGCCUCACGCAGGGCCCAGUUCGCAGCAGACGCAGAUCCAUCCAACCAGGCCUCUGACAUGGAGAAAGCCAUGGACACUAUGCUGAUGGGAGGAGAGAGGGACAGUGGGAGCGAGAGCGAUGGAGACGAUGGGGAGGAAGACGACAGCGACUCUGAAGAGGACAGUGAAGGAGAGAGGGAUGACGGAGGCGAGGUUGACAAGAGGAUGAUGGAGGACGAUAGAGAGAAGGGCAGAGAGGAGGAGAGAGGGGACAGACAUGCAGGACGCAGUGUGCGGUUUGCAGACAUGCCCCCCUCAGCACCCAGGGAGAAGAGCAAGAAGAAGAGGAUUGUGAAGAAGAAAAAGGCCAUCACUCCUCUGCAGGCUAUGAUGCUUAGGAUGGCAGGGCAGUCCAUCCCUGAAGACGAAGAGGAGGAAGAGGAAGUUGAGGAGGAGUAUACUGACUCUGACGACUCCGACAUCGAGGAUAGGGGACCACCAGGCGACAACCAAUCUCAUCUUAUACCCAAUCAGCGCAUGCCUCCACCCUCUGGACCAAUGGGAGGACAGCAACCACCUCUACACAUGCAGGGUCCACCAGGAACAGGGCCUCCACCGUUGGGACCACCCCCAGCUCCUCCAAUGAGGCCUCCUGGUCCGCCCUCUGGCCUGCCUCCCGGCCCUCCACCCGGUGCUCCCCCGUUUUUGAGGCCGCCUGGUAUGCUAGGCGGUCCAAGGGGACCGAUGCCCCGGCUACUGCCCCCUGGACCCCCACCAGGUCGUCCCCCUGGCCCUCCCCCAGGCCCCCCUCCAGGUCUCCCUCCUGGUCCUCCACCCCGGGGACCCCCACCCAGACUGCCUCCCCCAGCUCCCCCAGGUAUCCCCCCUCCACCACGAUCUGGCCCCCCACGCCAACUCGCCCCUCCCCUCUCUCUUUUCCCUCCGCCGCUUAACUCCAACGUCCUCAGUGCUCCCCCCAGCAUCGUCCACCGCCAGAAACCCGGCUCCAACCCAGAUGGCUCCCAUAGCAACCCCAAUGCCUCCAUGCUGCCCCCUCCCUCCAUGCCUAUGUCCAUGCGCCCAGGGAUGCAGAUGCCCCCUCCCCCGGGGACAAGUGCCCUGCCGUCGGGCGCAAACCCCACCAGCCACCACCAUGCACCAACCAUCGAGAAGCGGGCCAACAUCACCUCUAUCUCAGCCGGAGGCAGCAAUCUGGCAACAGGCCAGGGGAGUGGCGGAGCCACCAUCUCAGCCAAACCCCAGAUCAUCAACCCCAAGACAGAGGUCACCCGCUUCGUGCCCACAGCGCUGAGGGUGCGCAGGGAUAAAGGGGCCGGGAGCGGAGGAGGGCCUAUGGAAAAGAGAGGAAGAAGAGAUGAAAGGGUGGGAGGCCAGAAGCUGCAGUCAAUGGCUGCCCCCAUGGGGUCGGCCAACCCUACUCAGAUGGGCCCAGUCUCUCAGCCCAACAUGAAGACCAAGGACCAGAUGUAUGAGGCCUUCAUGAGGGAGAUGGAAGGACUCCUCUGAGACUGACAAGGGCUGCGGGGUGAAAAGGGUGGGUGUGUGUGUUGAGAAGGAAUGAACAGUAGGGGCCAUGAAGAAAGUGUUAGUGAUACCAUCAAGCAGAUGCUGUUCAGAAAUACAUUGGUUCCUCUAAAUGAAGCAGAAAGGCUUAGUUUUUCACAUUGAGACUAGAAUCUCCUCGCUACCAACUUACUGUACAUGGCUAUGAUAAUUUGGCUCAAUCUUUGUGAAAAAGCUAGUGUUUUUUUAUGACUGUCAAAUGUUUAUUUUAUUGUUGAACUGAGAAACAUGAUGGAUUUCAAAGAAAGAAGGGGGGUGUUUUGUCAGGUGUUUGUAGGAAAAUCCAAAUGAGUGUGCUUGUCUGAAAUGGUUAGACCUGCAACUAAAUAAAUACUUAAACUCAA